AUUAGAGUCAAUCAAAUACCAAAUGAAUCCAGAGUUAUUAAUUCACAAUUUAAUACAAUUAGAUAGGGAUUAAAGUGAAACAAAACAUACAAGUUAGAAAUACCGAUUAUUUUGUAUACCGAAGUUACUGGUAGUGAUGUUCCUUUUUAUCGAUUGUAUCGAUAUUAGUCGAUAAAAAAAGAUAUGAUAGUCACUCAUACAAGACUCGAUAUUAGUCAAAAGAUAUCGUUUGGUUUCUACAUGCUUAUUUUUUUCAUUUUACGUGCUUUUUACCUUAAAUUCUUACAAUAAAUUAUUGUUAGUCCAUUUAAAUGAUGCCAAAGCGUUCAAAAGUGUGGGAUUUUUAUGAUAAACAGCCAGAUUCAGGGGUAUGCAAAAUAUGUAAGUCAAAAGUGAAAAGAAGUGGAAAUACCUCAAAUUUACACAGUCAUUUGAGAAACUCACAUGAGUUAUUGUAUGCUGAGAAAUUUGACAAACUGGACACUACCGAUCAAACUGAUAUUGCUACCAGCUUUAAAAAUAUUCAAUCGGUAAAAAGUGGUCACUUUAAAGAGCAAAUCGAUAUGGCUUUGUUUUGGUGGAUUAUUUCUGACUGCAGACCAUUCAAAAUUGUUGAAAGUGCUGAAUUCGUGUCAUUUAUCAAGUCCUUAAACAGCCAAUAUGUGCUACCUAAGAGAAAAGCUGUAACAUCUAAUAUAUUGCGGUUAUAUAAAACCAAAAAAGAACUGGUUGUAACACAUCUAAAAACAAUAGAAAUGUUUAGUCUAACAAGUGAUAUAUGGACCGACCAAAUGAAUUCAAGAUCUUACAUUGGUUUAACCCUACACUACCUUGAUGGAUAUGAACAAAAAAGUAUUUGUAUUGGUGCUAGAAAUUUUGACGAGUCUCACACUGCCAUCAAUAUUGCUGACAUUAUUACAUCAAUCUUGUCUGAUUAUGAUAUACCAAUGGAAAAAGUAAUAUCCUUCACAACAGAUUCAGCUUCCAACAUGAUUGCAGCAGUGAAUCACUUAUCUAUUCCUCAUGUUAAAUGUGUUGCACAUAGAAUAAAUCUCCUGGUAUUGGAUUCAAUGGAAGAAAGUGAAAGUUUACAGUUAACUAGUAAAGUGAAAAAUAUUGUUACUUUUUUUAAGCAAUCUAAUCUUGCAAAUAAUAUGUUACGUGAAGAACAAAUUAAAGACAGUGUUGAACCAUUGAAACUCAAGCAAGACUGUUGUACCAGAUGGAACUCUACUUUUUUUAUGUUGGAGCGAUAUUUAUUUUUGCGUAAUUAUGUAUCAAUAGCUUUACGUAAGCUUAACAGAGAAGAUUUGGAUAUUAAUUACGAUGAAAUUGAAAUACUCAAUGAUAUGGUCAAGUGCCUUAACCAUUUUUAUAAAAUGACUAAUGAUAUAAUGGGAGAGAAAUAUAUUACUAUUUCACGAGUGAUUCCUUUGGUUACUGGUGUUAAUUUUGUGUUGGAAAAAACUCAUUGUAAAACAGAACGAGGUUUGAAACUAAAAGCAGCAUUGCAAGACAAUUUGGAGAAAAGAUUUGGAAUGGUCGAGAAAAACGAAAUAUUUGCUUUUUCUACUCUUCUUGAUCCCCGAUUUAAAAAAAUAGAUUUUCGUUCACCAUUGAACUGCUCUCAUGCUGUAACUAAGCUUAAUGAAAAAUUGCGAGUUGUUCCACUUACUCAAGAAAUACAACAACCAGUAGAUGUUGAAGAUUUGUGGAGUUAUCAUGAAAGUAGAGUGAGAAGUUUAUGUGAUGCAAGUUAUGGACUGAAUUCUGGUUUGAAACACUAUUUUGAGCUAGUCAAUUUAGCUAUCGAUGAUAACCCUUUGAAUUUUUGGAAAAAUAAUAAAGGCAAUUGGCAUCAUUUGCACAACUUAGCAUUAAAAUAUUUGAAUAUUCCAGCUACUUCAGUUCCAUGCGAACGCUUAUUUUCCAAGACAGGUUCAAUAAUUAGUGAAAAAAGAAAUAGAAUAAAACCUGAACUUGUUGAUGCCCUUUGUUUUCUUGAAUCACUGCCUAUUAUGUUUCGUUAA